AUGCAGAACCUGAUAAUUCAAAGGUUUCUAGCAUUCCUCUGGUUAAACUCACCCCAGCCAUCCCCUGCUCCAGUAUCUUCUGAUUUAAAAGAGGACACAGUGACAACAGAGCCAACGCCAGAACCUUCUCCAAAACCAAGGUCCACUGUUGACACGCUCACCGCCUUGUCCGACACCCUGAUUUCUUUCGACACAAGUCCAAACAGCUCUAAGAAUGAUGAGCCAGUGCUGGCAGAGGAAGAGGGAGGCUCAGCGGACAGUCACACAGAGGACGGUGUUGAGCAGGAGCCAACUCCGGAGCUGAGCAAUUGUGAACCAAUAACAGAUGAUCUCCUGGCUCUCAAUGAUGGUCCAGAGACGUCAGCAGAGCCGGUUCCUCCCAGCCCAGGACGCUGGAGUCAGGAUCUGUUUGGUGAACUAGACAGCCUCAGCACGCAGCAAGAGGAGGAGAAGCAGACAGAUGAGACAUCCAAGGAAACACAAAGCCCCACAGAGACAGUUACUGUACCCACCAAAACUGUGAUCAUUACUGACAAAAGCUCGGCUGAUCCGUUUGAUCCAUAUCCGAUAGGGACCACAUCCCCUAACAGCUCCUCUGACCUGCUCCAGCCCCUCGUAGAUGUUUCCAUCAACAGAAAGUCACCCACUUCCAUCAAGAACGAUGAUCCAAGUCCAUAUACCAACAUGAGCAGUGAUGCAUUGGAGUCCCUUGCAGAUGACAUCAUCCCCAUCGACACUGACACCACAAGCCCGGCUCAGACUACGAACACAAAAGAGAGCCAAAAGGCAGAGCCAGCAGGCCAAGCUGAAGAUCAACAGACGCUGGUCAAGUUUGAGAGAAACCCUGAGGAUACAGAGACAGUCACGACCAUCACCACCAUCAGGUUGGGAAAAUAA